AUGCCAGAACAACAAUCCAAAGCCGACCUCAUCGCUGAGCGUCAAGCCAACCUCCCUCUCCCAGAGGAUCCUCCUGUCGCCAGCGACUGGAACUCUGCCGAUGCUACCAAAGUCAACGUUGGAUCGGGAAGAGAUGUAACUAGCCAAACCUCAACUGGCAAUGCUCAACAAUCUGGAUUGGAGGGUGCUGCUACUGGAGGAAGCGGUGUUAGAGAAGCUGGUGGCGUUGAUAUGAGCAACAUUGGACGCGAAGGUGUUGAGAAGAAGAACUAA